AUGAGCAGCAGCAGUAGCGGCUGCGCUACGAACAGCGGCCGCAGCAGCGCUGCUGCGGCAGCAGCAGCGACUGCAGCAGCAGCAGCAGCGACAGCUGCGCCAGCAGCAGCAGCAGCAGCAGCUCAAAGCAGCCGUUUCCCCCUCUUUAACGGCGCAGUGCAAAACAGCCGCAGCAGAACAGCAGCGGCAGCAGCAACGGCAACUGCAGCAGCAGCAACGGCAACUGCAGCAGCAGCAACUGCAGCAGCAGCAACGGCAACUGCAGCAGCAGCAACGGCAACUGCAGCAGCAGCAACAGCUUAA